ACCAUCGAAUUUGGAUCCUGUGGAUCCUGUGUAUAAUUAUAGGUUAAAAUUCUUUGAUGUUGGAUUUCCAAAGUGCCGUAACUUUACGGAUAAGAUGACCGUCGAUUUCCUAUGUCCGUAGACCGUAGACGUCAGCUAACCCUUCUGUCCAACGUACAGAAGUUAUUUACUUUAAGGCCAUUAUCAUUCGAAGUACCUAAGUUACCAUGGUUGAGCAAGUGGAAUUUCAAGUGGAAUUUCAAGUUGUAGUACUUGCCGGUGGAAAGGGAUCCCGAAUGACAGAGCUCACAGCUGGUCGAGCUAAGUGUUUGCUGCCUAUUGGUCAAUUUCCUAUGCUAUACUACCCUUUACAACUUCUACGACGUUCUGGCUUUAAAGAAGCAAUUGUCAUAGUUUCUGAAAGUAUAAAGAAUGAUGUUUUGAUAACCAUGGAUAAAAUUGAUAUUGGGAUUAAAAUGGAUUUGGUCGGAAUUCCUGGUGGAGAAGAUUUAGGAACAGCAGAUGUCCUCAGAUUAAUCCAUGAAAAAUUAUACACCGAUUUUGUCGUUGUAUCUUGUGACCUCUUAACGGACAUAAAUUUGUCAGGCAUGCUGGAUUCCUACAGAACACAUUCAGCUAGUAUUACUGCUUUACUACUUCAAGUGCCUACUCUUCCUGACAAAUUUGUUACUCCAGGCCCAAAAAGCAAACAAAAACCAGAGACUGACCUAAUCGGCGUUGAUAAUGAAACUGAUCGCUUGGUGUUUCUUGCCUCUGCAUCAGAUUUUGAAGAAAGUAUAAACAUUUCCAAGAAGCUCUAUAGGAAGCAUACUGAUUUCAAUAUUCAUUCAAAGCUAUUGGAUGCUCACUUAUAUAUUAUCCGUAAAUGGAUUUUAGACUAUCUAGUUUUUGAUAAGAGCAUUAGUACGAUUAAAGGUGAACUGUUGCCAUACAUUGUUAAAAAACAGUUAUCACCGCCAUCAAACCCAAAGGAGAUGGACAAAAAUACCUCCAUAGUAGCCUUAGAUACUAAAAAAGAUAUUUUUCAAUUCGCGGUGGAUAAACCACUGGAUAACUUGAUCAGGAGUAUGUCAGCGUUCAAUGACCAUUCCACCGAUUUGAAUGUUGCAUAUAAUGGAGACUCUAUAAGAUGUUAUGCUUACACCGAAAGUAAAAGUUUUGGAUUAAGAGCAAACAAUGCACAAAUGUACAGCUUGGCAAAUUCAGUGAUAUUCGGAAAAUCAUCUUUAAUCGGAAUUCCGGCAAAUCAAAUGCCGGUUGAGUUUCCUUCUGCUGUAGUAAAAUGUACACAACUUGAAAAAUGUCUGAUUGGUGAUAACGCGGUGAUCCAUGAAAAGACCUCAUUAAAAUUCAGCAAUAUCGGCGCGAAUUCGAUCAUCGAACCCAAAACUAGGCUUUCUAACUGUGUCGUAAUGGACAACGUGACGAUCAAAGAAGGUUGUGUAAUCAGCAAUUGCAUUUUAUGCAAUGGCAGUAUAAUCCAAGAAGGUUCGGAACUGAAGGAUUGUAUCGUGGGGUCCCAUCACACAGUACCAGCCGGUAGUCGCAAUUCCCACGAAGUUUUAACUGACAUUGACAAUCUGAUGGAAAUAUAAUAAUCUUGAAAACCUUAGAGUACUGUACUAUAAUGAUAAAUUAAAUUUGGAAAAAAUUA